GCAGCUUAGUUUGUGGGAGGCUGUCGUUGGAGUGAGAGCGAGUGAGAGAGAGAGAGAGAGAGAGAGAAAGAUGGGAGAUCUUGCUUCCACUAGUACUAGGACUCUCGCACUACUAUGGUGUAUUUAUCGAGAUAUGCAGUGAACAUGCCACUUAUUUAUUCGGCUACGAAUUUAUUAAAUUCUCUUUUCCGUGUUGUGUCUCGUGUGUGUGUGUGUUCGCAGUCUCUCCUAGCGAAACGUUAUUCGGGAAGUUGAAUUAAUAUUUUCUACCUCGGUGAGAUGGGGACAGUGAUGGAAGACUAAAAGAUUUGUGAUGGAGGAGUCGGAGGAAAGCGCGUCGUCACUAUAGGCGUCCACGACACCAUCAUGAGCCACACCACGAUCAGGUUCUGUUGUUGAGCAGGCACUUGGGGAACAAACACACCUCGAGGAUUUGUAAACACCAACAGGUGCAAAAUCAUGAGCAGAUGUUGAAGAGGAUAUGAUAUGAUGAUUGAUGCCUCUGGCCUUGCAUGGAUUAUUAUAAUGAUGAUGAUGAUGAUGAAGCAGAUGCAAUUGCACGUAGAUUCUGUUGCUGCUGCUGCUGCUGCUACUCAACUUUGAUAACACCAUCUCAAGGGAUAAAAUCACAAUUGCAUGUCACUCCUCCCCCCUCCUCCUCUUGUCGUAGGCGGAUUGGAACGAGCAAGAAGGAGGAAUUAUAUUUAAGUGGUGCUUGGGCCCCUGAUACGGAGGUUGUGGCGCGUUAUGCUUUUGCGGGGACGUCCCCAGAGGAUCUGCCCUUCGCCAAGAUGGAACAACUGACCAUCGUUCGCUCCACCAACGACCCCAACUGGGUCAAGGCCAGGAAUCGCGACGGGAUGGAGGGGAUGAUUCCCACCUCGUACGUCACCGAGAGCCGCAAGGAGGUCAAGCUCAAUACCAUGGCAUGGUUUCAUGGCAAGAUUAGUCGCGAAGAAGCCGAGAGCUUGUUAACGCCUCACGAAGACGGUCUCUUUUUGGUGCGAGAAUCCACGAAUUUUCCUGGCGACUAUACCCUCUGCGUUUGCUUCUCAGAUAAGGUUGAACAUUAUAGAGUUAUAUAUAAAGAUAACAAAUUAACUAUAGACGAAGAAGAAUUUUUUGAUCACCUCACAAAAUUGGUCGAGCACUAUGAGCAGGAUGCGGAUGGGUUAUGUACACAGCUGAAGAGAUCAGUGCCUAAGCAGGGCAAACGACAGUACUCCGUAGAUCCUGUGAAAGCAUUUAAAGCCGCAGGGUGGUCCAUAAACAGGCAUGACCUAAGGCUGCUCGAUUCUAUAGGAAAAGGAGAGUUUGGAGACGUUCUUCUUGGUGAAUGGGGAGGCCAGAAGGUUGCGGUUAAAAGACUGAAAGAUAGCAGUAGAGCCGCCCAAGGCCUUCUUGAAGAAGCAUCUCUCAUGACGAGCCUUAAGCACAACAACUUAGUCAACCUCUUGGGUUUAGUGUUUGAGGAUAACUGCAUCCUCCUCGUCACUGAAUUCAUGAGUAAAGGAUCCUUGGUGGAUUAUUUAAGAUCAAGAGGGAGGCUUCACGUCACAAAGAGAGACCAGAUUAAUUUUGCAUGUGAUACUUGUAGUGGAAUGGCAUAUUUAGAGUCCCAGAAAGUUGUUCACCGUGAUUUAGCAGCAAGAAACGUGCUGAUUAGUGAAGAAGGCGUGGCCAAAGUGUGUGACUUUGGAUUAGCUCAUGAAAUGAACCUCAAGCUUGAUGGUGGAAAGUUUCCUAUUAAGUGGACUGCACCGGAAGCUCUCAGACACAGUAAAUUUUCCAACAAAUCAGACAUGUGGUCCUUUGGAAUUCUUCUAUGGGAGAUCUACUCAUUUGGUAGAGUGCCAUAUCCAAGAAUUCCAUUAGUUGACGUCAUGAAGCAUGUGGAAAAGGGAUAUCGUAUGGAAGCACCCGAUAGUUGUCCACCCGAAGUGUAUCAGUUGAUGAAAGAGGCUUGGGAUCUGAAUUGCGAUCUACGGCCCACAUUCCAUGAAGCGUGUAAACGGCUAUCACAUCUUCAACAGCUAACUUCAGAAUGACCUAGUUUGGGAGCUUAAGUGACAUUUUAAUGGUGCCAAUGCUAGAUCGUGCUAGCUUCAAAUAUGUGCAGUGCUGACUAUGUCCAAAUGAAUAUUGAAUUUUUACUGUGUUGUACAAUGUCAGAUGGAAAUUGUAUGUGGAGUGAACAUUUAAGUGGACUUCAUAUCAGUGACAAGUACACAUUUGUGCUCUUACACGUUGUGAAAGAUGACAAAGUUACAUGGUGUAUCAGUACACUUAAACCAGUCAGGUAUUAAACCCAGGACACCUGAGCCUGUUGUCCCUCCAGACUGAUUCAAGGUAGUGUUAGCUACAUGACAGUUUAGUCCUUUUUUAUUUUUUUUCAGAAAUGAUUAUUUUAGUCAACUUUUCAUAGAGUGAGAGUGAAAGUAUUUGCGUCAGUUUUUGUAAAGGCCUCUUUGCUUAAGGAGAUGGUGCAAGAUUAUUCUCUCCUAAUAGCUUUACGUAGCUGUGAAACAAAAUGGUGAGCAGUGGUGGUAAUUGAUGUGUGUGGAUAUCAUUCAUGUUCCUGUGUAGUGUAAAGCCGAGUAUUUUAUUGACAUGCGUGUGUCUUCAUUUUUGUAUUUUUUGAUUUAUGUGAAUAGUUGGACAAUGUGCUUUCUGGUCUCUUACAAUGUUAGGUGUCUUGACAGGUUUCAGUAUUUUGUGCAAGGCCUGAAACUAGGGUUUGCUAAAAUCCUUGUCUAAACAACCAAUGUCUUUAAUUAGUACGUAAAUAAAGUAAAUUUAAGGGGGGUUAAAAUACAGUACAGUAUUUCAGAGAAAAGUAUUGCAGACUAAUUAUUUCUAAAAGGUAUUGGAACAUCUAACUUGCAGUAUAAAUGUAAGUAUUGUAGGAGUGAUGUACAAGUGUUACAGGUACUACUGAGUAUUAACCAGAUUUACUUCUGUUCUUAAGAUUUCAUAAAAUUAAAUUCAAUUCAAGCAAUCUGUGCUUUGUAUAGAAGAGAAAAAAUGGUCUAUUUUUAUUUCAACUGUCCACUGAUUGUUUUAAGUGAUAUUUCCUCUGAUGGUGUAUGAUGACUUUACCACACAGUAUUCAUAAAUUAUGGAGGAGGGGAAUUACAUAGAAUAUUACUGUACAGUACUGUGCUAGGCAAAUUAUAAAUUUAGAUAUAUCUGGUAUUCUUUUUUUGUUGUUUAUUGCUGUAAUUCUCUUUUGUCCUCAUGCAGUAUUGACUUGUUUCCACAACAGUUACCAAGGACGUACUGUCAAUGUUAAUUUUCCAUUUGAGUCAUUGAAAAGAAAAAGAGUAGGUUUAAGAGGAAGGAAUCUUGACAGUAACUUUUGAGAGGAAUGAAAUGGUUUAUCUCGAGUCCGCUCGUGGUCUUUGAUGGGACUCUAUUUAUGAAAUAGUGACCACUGUGCUAUUAGUAUAAGCAUCUCAUUUCUUCGUUUCUUUUGAGUGCAUUUUUAUUAUCAUAUGUAUACAAAAUCUGUUGGUGUGUAUAUCGCAAGUGAAAUCUGGCUGAUGAAGUAUUAGGAGUAACAGAUUGUUAUAAUGAAGAGUUCUUGCAUAGAUGACUAGAAUUACCUGUUCAUGAAUUAUUUAUAUUUUUGAUAUGUAAAGAAAAAUGCGGAGUUGACUUCUAUGAGGUUUAACAUUUUGCAUUUAUAUCCUCAUUCUGUAAAUGUCAAGUAGGUGUGAAAUGUUUUAUGAUUAAUAUAUUACGAAACUAUUAAUGUGAUUAAGGGAAAUUAUAAUUUGCUGGAUAAAACAGAAAUGUUCAGCUUUUAAUUUAUACAGUAUAUACAGUAUAUAAAUAUUAUAUGUAUGUUAUGGGAGCCUUCUCAUCCAGUAUUUUCCAGUGCUCAAGAGAAUCAGAUACAGUACUGUGCAGAGUUUGAGAAUGGUAAGUCCCAGGUCAGCUUUUUCAGUGAAGGUUUUUGGCUGAGGUUCAUAAUUUUCAUUUCAUUGUUACUUGUAUUUUGUUCACGUUACCUCUUUUCUCAUUUGUUGAAACAUAUGCCGAGUAGUAUGUACUGCAAAUUCAAUGAUUUUGUGCUAAAGCUUUGUGAUUGGAUUAAUUGCUGCAAGACACCUCUUUCGACAGAAAUAAUAAUGUCUUACCUUUGCUGAAUUGUGAUGACCUGUUUUCUUCCAUAGGGGAAGAUUACAGUUAUACAUAGUGAUGGGAUGAUUGUGAAUCUUUUUACGAAGGGUUUUAUAAAUAUUGCAUUGUAUACAAACGCUGGAUUGGUAAGAUACCAAUAAAGUGCUAUAACUAGUGGUGUACUGGUCAUUAGGUUAAGCCCAGAUGUAUUUGUAGUACAAGAAAAAUAAACGAUAGAACCAGGCUUUCAAAAACCGGCAAUCAAUUUGACUUGAAUUGGCUUGAAAUUAAGAAGUAAUUAGGCAGUAUCAGUACUUUUAGAUAUUUAAAAAAGAAAGCAACAUUUAAAUUAACUUCAAAAAGUUACGCUGUCUCAUUGUUUUAUAAAUGGAAAAUAAAACAUUUACAUUUUCA